UUUCCAGUUAGUGCAACAGCCACAGUCAACAUGUUCGCAUGCGAAUCUCUAGAAACCUCAGCUACAUUUCCUAUGGUGCGUCUGCGCUGCGCAGGCGAUGCCGUCAAUGCUUGGCUACCACUGCAGCAGGAUUGGAGCUCAAGGAUUUGUGUUACUCCCAGAGCGUUACAGCGGCUCAUUUGCAAAUCGCGUUCGAUGCAUUGCAAACGCGGCAGGAUGAUGUCUUUGUAGUUACUUUCAUGAAAUGUGGCACCUACUUGGAUGCAGGAGCUGGCCUGGCUGCUGCUCAAUCAAUUGGACUUCAAGCGUGCCAACAGCAGCUACGCCAAUGGAACGCAGCAUUUUCUUAGAAUACUCAACUAUAGCUGCAAAUCUUCCAAUGGAUAGUAUCGAUGCUUGUAAUCAAAUGCCAAGUCCACGUCUUAUCAAGUCACAUCUACCUGCUCAAUUGCUGCCACGUCAGCUGUGGCAGCAAAAGCGCAAGAUUAUCUACGUUGCUCGUAAUCCCAAAGAUUGCGUUGUGUCCUCUUUUCAUUUCGUCAACGGUUCGGGCUUAUGGAAAGGCGACUUUGAUACAUUUGUCGAUGAUUUUAUAAACAAUAAGAUACUAUAUACUUCCUACUGGACGCAUAUUGUUGAUUUCUGGCGUAUGCGGCAUGAACCGCAUAUUUUCUUCGUCACCUACGAGCAAAUGAAACGCGAUUUGAAGCAAGUUAUUGAGCAGUUGAGCGCAUUUCUGGGUGUCAAUAGCCUCAAUGCACAGCAAAUGGAACAACUUUUGCAGCAUCUUAAAUUCGACAAUAUGAAACAAUCGAAGUACACUAAUUUAACUGGUUUGUUAAAGGAAACACAGAAUGUCUCAGCAGAUUUUGAAUUUAUGCGACGCGGCAUAGUUGGUUCAUUCAAAGAUGAACUGAGUGUUGAACAGCGCCAAAAAUUGGAUGCAUGGACUGCAGAGUUUUUGAGUGUAUAUAAUCUUAAGGAAAGUGACAUAUUCGGUCAGCUAUGAGGCUUACAUAACUCAAAGUAUUUAUAAGUAAAUGAAAUUUGUACUCAGCAUAUAUU